GUGAGUGUUGAUAUUAGAAAAAAAGAAGUGGUCCAUCCAUCCAUCCACCGACUACUGCAGCAGCAUGCACAUCCAGCAAGGGACACGUCAGGCAGCCCUUCACCAAAAACACGCCUCACGCCUCUCUCUCUAGCUCGUCUGCUCCAUCUGCCACGUCAUCGAUCGUGCAAUCAAUCAAAAGUCGUCCAGACUCCACUUGGGCCAGGCGAAAGUGAACAGCGGCCUGUUGCGCGAAGACGGCAGCACAGUGCCAACCGGCGUGUCCAUGAUCUCCCUGCACACACCACACAGCCACACGAACACAUACACCGUUCGUUCUCUUCCCCUCUGCCCACCGUGUGUCUUGGCUCACCGCAUGUCUGCCAUCUGCAUAAUGCCGAGCUGUGAGACGAAGGCGAUGGCCAAGCGGUUCACAUACCGCCAUCGAAGGCGGAAUGGGUGGUUGUCGGGGAGGCCCAGCCCGGGCGGGACGUCGAAGUCAGCUGGCGACGCCUCCAUGCCCCUCUGCAGCUGGGCGUUCUCGAUCUGCCUCGUGGCCGAAAACAUGUGACGCAAAUCGGCCCUGCAGGAACACAUGCACAGGGGAAACACGAAUGUAUUAUGUGUGUGUGUGUGUGUGUGUGUUGGCCUUUUCCUCACCUGUCGUAGUUGUUGAUGAGUAGCCCCACCUCUGGCAGCAGGUUCUCACUCAGAAUGGCGCACUCGACCAGUCUGUCCAUCGAAUGCCCCUCACCAUACAGCUCGCGCGCACGGCCCCCACCCACACCCAGCCGCAUCAGCUCGUCCGCCAGCUCAACACCUGGCGACGGCAGCCGCCUGCGCAAAUCCAUCCAUCCAUCCCUUCUUCCAUGAAAGCAGCCACACGCAUCCACGCACACUUCCUAGUUCUCUCUCUCUUGCUGACCGGUACGUCCCCAGCAUACGGACGAUAUCAUUGGCAUUGGGGUGGUUCAUAUCAAACAAGUCAAGAUGCCGCCCAAACACGGGCAGCCGACGCAGACCACCCCUGCCCCUCCUGAUCAAGGAAGGGACACCGGGAGGGCCUCGGCGCAAGCCUGCAUUGAUGGCCUCCUCUUCCAUGCGAUAGAGCCGUGCUUUGGUCUCCAUGAGGCCUUGGAAGAACCGCACGAGCAGAAUGGACUCAUGCGGGCGGAGGCGGCCGCCAGCCGCAUCCUCAGGCUCGUCGAAGCCAUCGUCAGGGUCGUCCUCCCCUUCGUCCUCGCCUGCGUCGUUCGAUAUGUCCAUGUCGUCGCCUUCUCGACGCCUUGGAGGACUGCUGGGCUUGCUGGGCUCGCUGUCUUGAUCUGUGUCGUCAACCUCGAGACCGAGGGCACCGGCCGCCCAGAGGCGUCUCAUUCGGCGUGUCGAUGCCUCCAAGAAGACGGAAACGGGGCGCUCACGUGAGGACGGGGGGCGGGGCUGUCUUCUCUCGGGCUGCAGCAAUGGCCAGUACUUGUCGAUCUGCACCACAACAUCAGAUCACACACACGGCAGCGUGUGAAGAGAUGACCCAACAAGAAAACCAUCCCUUCCAGUUCAUGCCCUCUCACCCGUUUCUUUGGCGGGAGCCAUGGGGGAUGGUGAAACGCCUCUCCCGGCUGGUGCAGCUCCAGCGCACACAGGCACCGCAUCACGUACAAGGCCACGUCAGGGUGCACGCCGCUCGUGUUGGCGUCAAUGGCGCCAAUGUCCUCGCCACCGCCCUCAGAAUCCAUCGGCUGUCCACUCACUGCUGCAGCCGGGGCGGACGCGCUGGUGCUCGGAGCAGACGAUGAUGCCUCUCCAUUGACACCCUCCUCUGGUCGCCGGGAACCUGGCCGAGAGGCAGUGGGUGAUCUUUUCCUUGUCAGGGGCUUGCGGCGUGUUGAGGGCUGUGUGGGCGGCGAUGGGCUGCUGGGAGAGGCGUUCUGGGUGUCUGUAGGGGCGGGUGGCGGGGCAAAGGGGGAGCGGGGGAGGGGCUGCCUGACACCGAGGACGUAGGAGCUCUCCAUUGGAUGGGCCUCCUCCAGCUGCCAGAAAAGCCUGGCGAACGACAAGCACAUACGGAGCGCUGAUGGACGACUCGACCGGUGCACCCCAUGCCUACUUUGUGAGUUUCCUGUAUGCCUUGACGGUCCGCGUGGGAAGCGGCUGUCGACCGCUGUCUUCGUGAACGGGGUACGCGCCGAUCAUGCUCGUCAGGUCCAGAAACCUGCAUCGCGCAACACACCAACCGACCAACCAACCACAAUGCAAUUCAUCCCGUGCCGGCGCUCAUACAUGCACACACACACACACACUUACAUGUCGAUGUAUUCCCUCACGAUCUGCCCCCUGUCCCGCCCCUCUCCCUGCUCCACCACCUCCACAUCCAUCACAUCAGGAAAUGAGCCGGACGACCCAAUGGCCGCUGUUGCUGCAGAUGCGGAUGCGGAUGCCGCAGCUGCAGCCCCGCUGCUCGGAACCACUAUCGGGCAUUCCUCAGAGGGCUCAGGCGGCCGCCCGAAUACCUUCUUGCGAUAUCUGGAGAAGGGCAUCCACCUCGAGCCGUCUUUGUCCUCUUCGUCUGAUGAGGAUGGGGGAGAGGAGGGGGCCUCGGGUGCGAGGGACGGGAGGGGGCCGUCGUCCUCGAUGAGCUUGUGGAGACGCCCGAGGCCUUCCUCGAAGUAGCGAGCCGCCGCUCGACAAAGGAAGCGGUACCUGGACGAGAGAAGCAUAAGACAAGACGGCAUGGCUGGCUGCAUGAUGGAUGGUGUGCCUGCUGUAGGUGUUGACCCACUUGAGCUCCUCGAUGAAGGCUCUCCCGAAGACGUCGCGCCACGCCAGCGUCCCGGUACCCAGCCGGUUGGCACGCAGCCAGGUGAGCGGCAUGCGGUUGAGGUAGUUGCCCUGCCACACCCUCCCCGACCUCUUGCCCCCACGGGGAGAGGACGCAUCACCCUUCUCACUCGACGCGGUCGGUCCCCCGACCCCGUUCCCAUCUCCCGCACCUUCCUGCUCGCCAUCAAAGUGCUCUCUAAACUGCUGGUAUCUCAGUCGCAGCGCAUCACGGACACCGCUGGUGGCCUGGUCGAUGCCCUUGCUCUCGAUGUAUUGCUCCAGCUCGGCCUCCGCCUCCUCCUCGAGUGAGUGCCACUGCUUGGAGCUGAGCGACGCCGGGGGCCGGCUGCCGAUGUCCUGCGAAGACGCCUGCUGCUGCUGCUGUCGCUGCUGCUGGAUCAUGUCUUGCUCGUAUACGUGGCGGAGCGUGUGUCUGAGUGCUUUGUUGGGGAGCAGGGCGACUGGGAGGCCGACGACGGCCACGUGUCGCAGGCAGACGUACCACAGCUCGUCGCCGGGCUGGGUGGUCUGCUUGCCCUCCAGUGUGAGACGGACAUAGCCGCCCAAGACCACAGCCGGAGAGAGGGUGAUCUUCUGCAACGCUGAAGGAGAGAGAGGAAAAACGCGUGUGUCGUGUCAUCGCGUGGUUGUCGUUCGUCAUCGUUGGUCGUCCCUUGCCUGGUGUGUUAUCGAGUGUGAUGGGGUCGCUGGUGUAGUGGAAGCGAUCAGGGGCGGUGCCGACGGACACGCGGACACGUCGGGGGCCGUAUGUGGGACGGCCCUUUUGAAAGAGCGCCUGGUAGACAUAGAUGCGAAUGCGGGUCACUACACAGCACGCGUCGAUCAACCUGAGGGACAGACAACACACCACACCCACACAGCAACGACCAACCAUGAUGGAGGCGAUGCGCUGUCCCUUCAAUGUGUUUGUCGCCCACUCAUUCCUUUUCUUACUUGUAUGUGAUGUGGUCGUGGCUGUCGGCCGUCUUGCUGCCCACACUGCUCCAGAAGGACCGGUUCCUGCACAACACACAAGAAUGGCAUCACGUGUGCACAUCUCACUCGUAGCACACACAUGAUUAUCGUCGCGUGCGUGUGUCUUGUCGGUGCUGCUCAUCUUACGGCAGGACGGUCUCCCUAGGGGCCUGACUCUCAUGAUCAGUCGACGACGCUCCACACGCUGGAAUCAAGGCGACAUGCCAUCAUGUCCAUCCAUCCAUCCAUUCUGGUUUGGCUCGUCUUACCUUCAUGGACCAGAUUGAUCCCCUUGGCGGAAUAGCCAUGCCUGGCAAACGCCACCAUGCCCUUGCACACCUCACGCCAGCUGAUGCCAUCGCUGCUAUCACUACCACAACCACCAGAAGCAGCACUUGACGCUGCUGCUGCUGCGGGUGCCGGUGUCGCUGGCGGCAGGGCCAGUCGCUGACCCCGCAGGAAGUGCUUGAGGCCCGCCGAGUGCGGCCGAUACUGAUUGCUGUCGUUCUGGAGGUAGAAGCGAUAGACAACAGGCAAAUCGCGAAGCCGCUGGCGGCAUGCUCGGCAUGAACGGAUGAAAGCCGGCAAGUCGACAAGCGCCAGAAACGCAAAGAGGCGACACCACAGCCUGCAUGACACACACAACCAUGAAGAUGAGGCCACAAUGUCAUGUUUGUGUCACAUGCUCACUCGUCUGGGAAAUCAGUGAGCGGCUGUGCGCUAGUGGCCGCUGCUGACAUAGUGGCAGUCUCUUCGUCUUCCAUGCUGCCGUUCUUUCCG